AUGGCCUCCGUGCCCACACCGACGCGGGAGGCAUCAUCUUGCUCUUCCAAGAUGAUAAAGUCAGCGGCCUUUCAGCUUCUCAAGGAUGAUAAGUGGAUCGAUGUCCCUCCAAUGCGCCAUUCCAUUGUCAUUAAUCUCGGUGAUCAGAUUGAGGUGAUAACAAAUGGAAAAUACAAGAGUGUGAUCCAUCGUGUGGUGGCUCAAACCGAGGGAACAAGGAUGUCGAUCGCAUCUUUCUACAACCCAGGUAAUGAUGCAGUGAUCUUUCCAGCGUCAGCAUUGGUGGAAAAAGAGGCGGAGGAGAGAAAGGAAGUGUAUCCAAAAUUUGUUUUUGAUGACUACAUGAAGCUUUAUUCACCAGUGAAAUUUGAAGCCAAGGAGACUAGAUUUGAAGCCAUGAAUGUUGUUAAGGAUAGUGUUGUUGUCAAGGGGGGUUUGAUAAGUUAA